AUGUUUGGGAAAAACCAAAAACUGUUUCAAGAUAACAUGUUUGGUACUGAGUAUUGCUGUUUUCCUGGUCAAAGCGAUUUCAAAGAAGACAUAUCUAUUCCAAUGGAGGCUGAUCUGAAUAAUGCUACCCCAUCACAUACGGCCUACCCAAAGCCGUCAGUAAAUUUUCACAAGGACGAACUGCAAUUUCGUCCACGAAAA